CCGAGUUUUCUUGUAGACAAAGAAGAGUAGCAUUUGCCGUUGGGGACGAAGACGAAGGGUGAACUAAGCUGAGAAAACCGAUCAGAAAGCUAGAGAGAGAUGGAUCCAAAGCUCACGGAGGUUUCUCAAUCGUUUGAGCGGUUCAAAGCCGCUCUUACGCGCAACGAUUUCGAUACCUGCACCAGACUUCUCUCCCAGCUCAAGGUUAUGCUAACUGAGUUUAAGAGUCUCCCUCCCCUUUUCGGAGAAAUACCAAAUGCAGUUCAUGAGCUGACAAUUGCAAGGGAUAUAUAUGAGCAUGCAGUUGUUUUAGCUGUGAAGAUGGAGGAUCAAGAUGCCUUUGAGAGAGAUUUCUUUCAGCUGAAACCUUAUUACACAGAUGCACGCAACCGUCUUCCACCAUCCCCACAGGAAUACCCAAUUUUAGGUCUCAAUCUUCUGAGACUACUUGUGCAGAAUAGAAUUGCUGAAUUUCACACCGAAUUGGAGUUGCUUUCUCCAAAUGCCUUGGAGAAUCCUUGUAUUAAGCAUGCUGUUGAGCUGGAGCAAUCAUUUAUGGAAGGAGCUUACAACCGUGUCUUAAGUGCCAGACAGGCAGUGCCCCAUGAAACCUAUGCUUAUUUCAUGGAUCUUCUCGCCAAGACUGUGAGGGAUGAGAUAGCUGGCUGCAGUGAAAAGGCUUACGAUUCUCUUUCAAUAGGUGAUGCCCGGCAAAUGUUACUUUUCUCCUCAGACAAAGAACUCCUUGGAUAUGUCGAGGAGGAACACCCCGAGUGGGAGAUAAAAGACGGACUUGUUAUCUUCCAGAAAGUAAAAGAUUCCGCUCCUUGCAAAGAGAUACCAUCUCUGCAACUUAUUAACCAAACACUGAGUUAUGCCAGGGAGUUGGAGCGUAUUAUCUGAGGAUAGACUGCUCACCUUUAUUUCUACUCUCGAUUACGUUAUGACAAGGGGAAUGCCCCCGGGACCAGUUGUGCACAUUUAUUGUGUUUUUUGGGGGGUUUAAAUUGAAAAUGGACACUUUUGUUCAAAGUGAAUAGCUUGUUUGAUGGAAUUCUCUUUGCAUAAUUCUGUCUUUCCCAUUCCCUUGCCCUUCAAGCUAUAAAUCAUUUGUCUUGAGAUGUUUGUAAUGGUGAAGCCUUCUGCAUUGUCUGCUUCUUCCCCAUCUCAUAACACCCUGAUUUGAUGAUA